AACCAGAAAUGGGGUAGUGGAUACUCGUAUAAGAGUCGGGUGGUUCUUCUUCUUCUUCUUCCCCGAUUCAAACCCUAGCUACUACUUGCAGGGUUCCACCACAGGUAAGGUUCGUUCAUCUUCCGCAGAACCAUGGCCCCAGCUAAAGUUGAUAGUUCAAAGAAGGCUGAUCCAAAGGCUCAGGCCUUGAAAACUGCUAAGGCAGUGAAGUCAGGUGCUACCUUUAAGAAGAAGGCCAAGAAGAUCAGAACAAAGGUCACAUUCCAUCGCCCUAAGACUUUGAAGAAGGAUAGGAACCCCAAAUACCCCCGCAUUAGUGCCCCACCAAGGAACAAGCUUGACCAUUAUCAAAUUCUGAAAUACCCUCUCACAACCGAGUCGGCAAUGAAGAAGAUUGAAGACAACAACACUUUGGUUUUCAUUGUUGACUUGCGUGCUGACAAGAAGAAGAUCAAGGAUGCAGUGAAGAAAAUGUAUGACAUCCAGGCCAAGAAAGUAAACACUUUGAUCAGGCCUGAUGGAACCAAGAAGGCUUAUGUUAGGUUGACACCUGAUUAUGAUGCCUUGGAUGUAGCAAACAAGAUUGGAAUCAUCUAAGGUGUUUCCUGGCUUUACCCGGAUCACUUUUUAUUUAGAUAUUAGCUAUGGUGGUAAUUGAUGGAUACUAUUGAAACAAAACCUAGUUCUAAAUUUUUGCUGCUUGUUAUUUGGUGUACUUUGUUCCAGUUUGAAUUAAGUUACUCGUUACAAUAUCAAUUCCGAUGAGUAAAUGAGCAGGGAUCAUUUUCCAAUUUUCGGGA